CGGUUGUUGUUCCGCAGUGACAGAACGAGCGAACGAGCGACUCGCCGAGGUGCCGUCUCCCCGCCGCGAGCACUGUCCCGCGGGGGCCCGCCGCGGUAACGCGGAGGGAGGGGUGAGGAAGAAAACGGACCGCACCCGCCGCAGUCAUGUCUGUGGUGGGCAUCGACCUGGGCUUUCAGAACUGCUACAUCGCGGUGGCGCGGAGGGGCGGCAUCGAGACCAUCGCCAAUGAGUACAGCGACCGCUGCACCCCAGCUUGUAUAUCUUUGGGAUCCAAAGCCCGGACUAUUGGAAAUGCAGCAAAAAGCCAGAUUAUCACAAAUAUUAAGAAUACAUUACAUGGAUUUAAAAAGCUGCAUGGGAGAGCAUUUAAUGAUCCCUUUAUAAAGUCUGAAAAAGAGAAACUGCCAUAUGAGCUUCAGAAAUUACCUAAUGGGAGUGUAGGAGUAAAGGUACGAUAUUUGGAUGAAGACAGAUUAUUUGCUGUUGAACAAGUUACUGGUAUGCUAUUAGUUAAACUUAAGGAGACAUCAGAAAGUGCACUUAAAAAACCUGUAGCAGAUUGUGUCAUUUCCAUCCCAAGCUUUUUUACUGAUGCCGAGAGAAGGUCUGUUAUAGCAGCAGUGCAAGUGGCAGGUUUAAAUUGCCUGAGACUAAUGAAUGAAACUACAGCAGUUGCUUUAGCCUAUGGAAUUUAUAAACAGGAUCUACCAGCCCCAGAGGAGAAACCAAGGAAUGUAGUUUUUGUAGACAUGGGACAUUCAGCCUACCAGAUUUCUGUUUGUGCAUUUAACAAAGGAAAAUUGAAGGUACUUGCUACUACAUUUGAUCCCUUUUUGGGUGGUAGAAACUUUGAUGAUGCUUUGGUAGAUUAUUUCUGUGAAGAGUUCAGGAUCAAAUAUAAACUUAAUGUUAAGGACAAUGGUCGAGCAUUGCUACGGUUAUACCAGGAAUGUGAAAAACUGAAGAAGCUGAUGAGUGCAAAUACUUCUGAUCUUCCAGUAAACAUAGAAUGCUUUAUGAAUGACGUUGAUGUCUCUAGCAAAAUGAACAGGGCUCAGUUUGAACAAUUGUGUGUAUCUCUUCUGGCCAGAGUAGAACCUCCUUUGAGAGCAGUGAUGGAACAAGCUAAAUUACAGCGUGAAGAUAUUUACAGUGUAGAAAUAGUAGGUGGAGCAACUCGUAUUCCAGCUGUGAAGGAACAGAUUUGCAAUUUUUUCUGUAAAGAGAUAAGUACCACAUUAAAUGCAGAUGAAGCUGUUGCAAGGGGUUGUGCAUUACAGUGUGCAAUUCUGUCCCCAGCGUUUAAAGUCCGUGAAUUUUCCAUCACAGAUGUUGUUCCUUACUCAAUUACUCUGAGGUGGCAAUCAUCUUUUGAGGAAGGAACAGGUGAAUGUGAAGUCUUCAGCAAAACUCAUGCUUCUCCAUUCUCAAAAGUUAUUACUUUCCACAAAAAAGAGCCUUUUGAACUGGAAGCAUUUUAUACACAUCCUCAUGAUGUUCCUUAUCCUGAUACAAGAAUAGGCCAUUUUGUUAUUCAAAAUGUUGGUCCCCAAAACGAUGGUGAUAAUUCAAAAGUUAAAGUUAAAGUGCGAGUUAAUAUCCAUGGAAUCUUCAGUGUGGCUAAUGCAUCUGUAGUAGAGAAGCAAAAUUUGGACAAUGAGCCUAACGAUAUUCCAAUGGACACAGAAUUGUCAUGUAGGAAUCAAAGCAAAGAUGAACUAGCUAAAAUGCAGAUUGAUCAAGAUGAUGGUAAUCAAAAGAGCCAAAUAGAACAAAGUCAAACAGAUGAGGAAACUGAUCAUAUAGGUACUGAAGGAAAGACUGCUUCAGGAGACAAGAUUGAUGCAAAUCAAUCAAGCAAAACAAAGAUCAAGUGCAUUGAUCUGCCUAUCCAUGUUAACUUAUACAGACAGGUUGACCAGGAUCUUAUUAAUUGCUACAUUGAAAAUGAGCGGAAGAUGAUAAUGCAAGACAUUUUGGAGAAGGAGAAAAAUGAUGCGAAAAAUGCUGUUGAAGAAUAUGUGUAUGAUUUGAGAGAUAAGCUUUGUGGUGUCUAUGAAAAAUUCAUAACUGAAGAUGAUUCAAGAAAAAUAACAUUAAUGUUAGAGGAUAUAGAAAACUGGCUUUAUGAAGAUGGAGAGGACCAACCAAAACAUGUAUAUGUGGAAAAACUUCAGGAAAUGAAAAAAUUUGGUGGCCCUGUUCAUGAUAGAUAUAAGGAAUAUGAAGAAAGACCAAAAGCUUUAUUUGAUUUAGAAAAUAAACUCCAGAUGCUUAUGAAAACACUAGAAGAAUAUGAAAAUAAGGAUAAAAAAUAUGAUCACAUUGAUCCUGUUGAUAUGGAAAAGGUUGAAAAAUAUGCCAGUGAAACUAUGAACUGGCUGAGCUCAAAAAUGCAUAUACAGCACAGACUGAAUUUGACACAGGAUCCUAUUAUUAAGGUGGCAGAAAUAAAAGCAAAAUCUAAGGAACUGGACAAUUUAUGUAAUCCAAUUAUUUACAAACCUAAGUCCAAAGGAGAACCACUGUCUAAAGAUCAAGGAAAAUCUAAUAGUGAACAAAACAGGCCAAUGAAUGGACAAGGCAGCUCUGACGCUAAAUUAGACGAUAGUUGCCAACAGCCUAAAUCAUCUGAAGAAAUGGAUAUGGACUAAGUUUUAUACUUCUUUGAGUUCAUUAAAAACAGUGCAAGUAAUCAGAGGGUCCUUUUUUUCUUAAUUCACACUACAUAUGUUCAGUUAUUUAAAAAAAACUUUCUGUCCUUUAUUCUUUUCAUUAGGUUUGAAAGUGUUUCUAUUGAGUACAUUCUUAUUGUUCAUUCCAUUAAGUUUAUUGUGAAACUUUAGUUGAAUGUAGAUUGUAAUCAGUUUAAGCUUUUAUGAUAUACUUUAUAUCAAAGAGGCAGAACUGAUACCUAAAUGACAACAAUCUACCUUAUUCAAAGCUUUUAUUGUGAGUAAGCCACUGUUCCUUUAUUCAUGGAAGGCCACUGUAUUGCACUUACAAUGCUGAAGUGUAGAUUUUUGCAUCUUUAUUUUAGAAGAUAUUCAGUUUGAUGUGGCUUGAACAUCACCACUAGAAGCACUGACCUUUUUUAAUUGUUGUAUUGUUCUAAUUUAAAUAUUAAAAUAGAGGUUAGUAGGCAAACUAGUUCAUCUUGUUGAUGUACCACAAAAACCUGUAAGAAUUUUGUUGAUCAAUAUCCAAAGCUUGAAAGGACUUUACACCAGCAGCAUUCUUUGUCAUCAAACUAGUAACAAGAUUCAAAAUAAAACUCGUGGUCCCCGUGUUCACACA